AUGGCUCAAGCUGGACAUCUACUGGAUCAGGACCAAUUUACCUGUGCGAUCUGUCUGGAUCUACUGAAGGAUCCAGUGGCUAUUCCCUGCGGACACAGCUACUGUAUGGACUGUAUUAAGGGCUGCUGGGAUCAGGAUGAUUAUAAUGGUGUCUACAGCUGCCCUCAGUGUAGAGAGACCUUCACUCCAAGGCCUGUUUUAAGAAGAAACACCAUGCUGGCUGAAGUGGUGGAGAAACUUAAGUCAACAAGUCUCCAAACUGCUCCUCCUGUUCACUGUUUUGCUGGACCUGGAGACGUGUCGUGUGAUGUUUGUACUGGGAGAAAGUGCAAAGCCGUCAAGUCCUGCCUGGUGUGCCUGGCCUCUUACUGUGAAACUCAUCUCCAGCCUCACUAUGAAUCUCCUGCAUUUAAGAAGCACAAACUGGUCCAAGCCAGCAGACACCUGCAGGAGAAAAUCUGCUCUCAUCAUGACAAAGUGCUGGAGAUUUACUGCCGCACUGAUCAGCAGUGUAUCUGUUAUCUGUGCGCAAUGGAUGGACACAGAGGCCAUGACACAGUCUCAGCUGCAGCAGAAAGGACAGAGAAACAGAAGCAUCUCGGGGUGACACAGAAGAAAUUCCAGCAGAGAAUCCAGGAGAGAGAGAAGAAGCUGCAGGAUCUGAGACAGGCUGUGGAGUCACUCACGCGCUCUGCACAGGCAGCAGUGGAGGACAGUGAGAGGAUCUUUACUGAGCUGAUCCGCUCCAUUGAGAGAAGGCGCUCUGAGGUGAAAGAGCUGAUCAGAGAUCAGGAGAAGGCUGCACUGAGUCGGGUUGAAGGACUUUUGGAGCGACUGGAGCAGGAGAUUGCUGAGCUGCGGAGGGGAGAUGCUGAAAUGGAACAGCUCUUGCACACAGAGGAUCACGUCCAUUUCCUCCAGAGCUGCCAGGCACUCGGUGCCCCUCCUGCACAAGGAGACUUAACCCCCAUCAAUGUCCACUUCCCUACUGAGGCUGUGCGGAAAUAUGUCUCCAGACUAAAAGAACAAGUAGAGGAUGUCUGCCCGGCGGAAUUAAUAACGAUCUCUAAUACAGGUAAACACCUGAAGCUCAAACUCACGUUAACAUCCCAUUUAAAGAACAGAGAGGACUUCUUACAACAUUCCUGUCAGCUCACACUGGACCCCAACACAGCACACAGUAAGCUCUAUCUGUCAAAUGGGAACAGAGCGGUGACACAUGUGACAGCCUUCCAGCCAUACCCUGAUCACCCAGAGAGAUUUCACUACUGGGCCCAGGUGCUGUGCAGAGAGGGUGUGUCCGGGCGCUGUUACUGGGAGACUGAGUGGAGUGGGCAUGAUGGGGUUUACAUAGCCGUCUCAUACAAAGAGAUCAAAAGGAAAGGAACAGAAAAAGAGUGUAUUCUGGGCAGUAAUGACAAGUCCUGGAGUUUGUUCUGCUUUUCCUCCAGAUACACUUUCAGCCACAACAGGAAAGCCACAAAAGUCCCUGGCCCCAGAUCUUCUAAAAUUGGAGUGUACCUGGAUCACAGGGCAGGAACUCUGUCCUUCUACAGCGUCUCUGACACAAUGACCCUCCUCCACAGAGUCCAGACCACAUUCACUCAGCCCCUCUUUCCUGGGUUUGGGGUUUACCCUGGGUCAUCUGUAAAACUGUGUCAUCUGUCAUCAAAGUGAGGUAAAAAUACUGCAGUGAGAGAAGG